AUGGUCUCCUUUAAGCUCACCGCCCUCGCCGCGGCCGCCAUCCUCUUCGCCGCCUGCCCCGUCGCAGCCCAGGCCCCCACCACGGCGUCUCCUCCCCCAGGAGCUCCAACAUGCGCCACUGGUCAGGUUGUCUGCCGCACCAUCUGCUGCGGCAGCGAGACUCCCGCCUGCAAGAGGCUCGAGAACAACCAAUUUACCUGCGAGAAGGGCCUGGUGACCAGCGCUGUCGUCUCUGUCACCACCGAGACGCAGCCGGCUAGUACUGUUACUACCGGUAUGCCCACCGUCCACACGUCUACUCCAACCUCGUCUGACGCUACCACAGUUACCUCCACGGUUGUGCAGAACGAGACCGCCCCGGAGGGGUUAUAUAAGAAGCGAGUUAACAAGGUAGUGAGAUCUAAACAAAUGAAUAGCGCAGUACAUGGGUAUGAUAUCGCCAAGACUGGUGGCGCCGCCAACGUCAAGGGCAGUGGCUUCUUCGCUGCUGCGCUGGGCGUGGUAGAAACACGCGCGUUGCCGGAUGGGUUGAUGAUAACAACAGAUACUUUACUUAUUUUUUUUCACGGUUCUCGAUGCAUGGAUGGUGCUGGUGGGCUUUCUGCUAGCGAUGAUUAUGGGUCGGAUUCGGAUAUGGAUUGGUGUCUAAUGGUGAUGACGGGCCGGAAAUCUGGUGUGGUUGUCUUUCUUGAUAACUUACGUUUUGCUUGUGUAAUGGUCUUGUCGCCUAGCCAUGUUGUGUCCACCCUCACGCCCGCUUUGUGUCUCGCUCGAUCUAACGACUACAAUCGUACCCUCAGAAUGGCGCGUGGUGCUGUUGGCUCCCCUACCUGCGUCACUGCCGGCCUGGAUAAUGAUGCGACACACGAUGGCGGAGCUGAUGAGGAAAGCAAGGACGAUGAGCGCAACGCCCACCGCCCAACCUAUAGUUGCUCCUUUAGCCAUUGCACUGUGGGACCUAAGGGGCGGGGCAAGCCUCAGUAUGAUCUUUAUAUCGGUCUAUGCAGCGGAGUGCUCAGCCACGCAUUGAUAGAAAGUCUGGGCAUGAGAGAGGGCGUGCGAGUAGCGCAGAAAGGCAUUGGUGGGGCACUCUCGUAUCUGUUAUAUGCAUUAAUCGUAACCACCGAAUUUGCCAAUGAAGCAUCAGCAACCAACGAUACCUGCUUAUAUAUAGUUAGUCAGUUCCCACAUGUAUCGCGCCUAUAG